UGUGAAUGUAAACAAUUAGAAAAUGUGAAUGUAAACAAUUCUCGGAUCAGUCAGAGGGUAGCUUGACACACCUAUUUCUUGACUCGCUUAUUUUCCCAAUAUCUCCAUCUUAAUACGCAAGGGUUCACAGGUGACUGCAGAAAGUCACCAAAAGAAGAGAAGAUGUCCAAGGAUUCCGACGAUGUGUCAACCAACAAUCAGAGUGAGGAAUAUGAUGAGCCUACAGUUGAAUCUGACCCUGAGGAAGAAUCAAGAGCUGACCCAGAUGAUGGUGAAACAGAGGAUCUGGUCAUCCUUGACCCAAAUGCAGUGGAAGUUGAUUUGAAUCACCGCCGCAUUGCCAAGAUAGAGAAUUUAGAAUCAUUGACGCGUGUUGAGACGCUGUGUCUGCGAUGGAAUCUCAUAAAAAAAGUUGAAAAUCUACACACACUUACCAUGCUUAAAGAGUUGGAACUUUAUGAUAACCAAAUAACCGUCAUUGAAAAGUUAUCUGCACUCGUCAACCUUGAGGUACUUGACAUCUCUUUCAAUCGAAUUAGAAAAAUUGAGAAUUUGGAGGGACUAACCAAUCUAAAAAAGUUGUUCUUGUGUGCUAACAAGAUAUCACGAAUUGAGAACGUGAACCACCUGAGAAAUCUCGAACUUCUUGAACUUGGAGACAACAAAAUAAGGAUCAUUGAAAACCUAGAUGGAAUGACAAAUCUAAAUAGCAUAUUCCUGGGCAAGAACAAAAUCAUGAAGUUACAAAACUUAGAUUCCCUUAUCAACCUUGAGAUACUUGGUGUGCAGAGCAACCGAAUAACUAAGAUUGAAGGUCUUGGUCGACUGGUCAAUCUGGAGCAACUGUACUGCUCCCAUAAUGGCACAGAGGUGCUAGAAGGUCUUGACAACAAUGUUAAACUUCAGACUUUGGAUAUGGCUGUGAACAGAAUUAAGAAGAUUGGUAAUAUUAGCCAUCUUACUGAGCUGGAGGAAUUUUGGUUUAAUGGCAACCAAAUAAGUGACUGGAAUGACUUAAAGCAGCUAGAAAAUGCAAAGGGAUUACAGACAGUGUAUCUAGAGGGGAAUCCCUUACAACGGGACCCUAACUACCGCCGCAAGAUAAAACUGGCACUGCCAUCACUUACGCAGAUUGAUGCUACACUGUGUCGGUAAACUGCUAAGUCAGAGAACUGGUAUCCGGAGAUCUUCCUUCAGUCGCAAAAACUGCCAAAUUUUUCAUGAUCUUUACAGUCUAUAAGUGUUAGUCAUGUGUUGCACUUUGUGUUCUGCAGCUAUGCUCUAUGCUAUCGUGUUUUAUAGACAAAGUGUUCGCCAGUUUUGUAGUAUUUGUCAGUGAUAACGUUGAUACAGCUUCACUAAAAGAAAUUUACACAUUUUUGUAGUCAUUGUGAGUGAUAUUGUUGAUACUGCUUCACAAAAAAAAAUUAAUAAUUAAAUAAAAAUACAUUUUUCACCAAAUUUUGUAGUCCUUGUCAGUGAUAUUGUUAACUUAGCUUUACUGAAUUUGUGUGUCUUGGUAAGAUUAAGCUUGUGACUUUCUUAUUGUUAUAAAAUUAUAAAUUAAUUUUGCUUGAGAAUUUAUUAUCAGAUAAUUGUUAUUAUACCAAUCAUAUCUUUAGUAAUUGUUGAAAGUCUUAUUUUGAUGAGCCAGUCAUUUUUAUGAUUACAUCCCGAUCUAGGUUGUGCACUUAACUACUGGCGAGUGUUGUUUUGUUUAUCAAAUUACCUACACAGUAUAUGUAAAUACUACUAUUACUAAGAUAAUUUACCUUAUGCUGUCUCUUCUUUUGUAAUUCAUUUAGAUAUAGCAUCAGUUUGAAAAAAAUGGAUCUCAGACAGGCUAAUUACUGUACGUUAUGAAGGUCAAAUUAUUCAGCUGAUUAUGAAGAGUAGAAGCUAACCCUUGAUUUUUUACUGUAUGGUGUAUGCAAAUAGUUACGACACAUUGCUGGCUGAUUUAACAAGUCAUGCAUAUAGGAUGCUAUUUUUCAUAGUCGUAAAUUGUCCAUUGUGUAGUUUUAUGAUAAAAAAAAAUUCAGGAUUCACUUUUGAACGCAUUAUUAAUAAUUAAUUCUGCAGCUAUGGUCCAAUAAGAAACAUUUUGUACAAUGGUUACUGAUGAAGAGGGAGGCAUUCUCUGUGCAUAUAAUAGAACCUUAGGGAAUACACACAAUAACUUAUUGAA